AAACAAGCACGGGGUAUGCGUAAGCGGGAACGAGCAUUGUACGUGCGCGCUAUCACAGCACAGUGACAAAUAUGGCGGCCGCCGCCGGAUCAGGCGUUGUUGUUCCUCGCAGCUUUCGGCUGCUGGAGGAGCUGGAAGAGGGUCAGAAAGGUGGUGGAGACGGUACGGUGAGCUGGGGCCUUGCUGAUGACGACGACAUGAUGCUAACUCACUGGAGCGGCAUGAUUAUCGGCCCUGCUAAGACUGUUUAUGAAGGCAGAAUAUACAGUCUGAAAAUAGACUGCGGUCACAGAUACCCAGAGUACCCGCCUAUGGUCCGCUUUGUUAACAAAAUCAACUUGACUGGUGUUAACAGUUCAACUGGUGUGGUGGACCUAAAGUCUGUGUCGUCGCUCUCCCGGUGGAAGAACUCCUACAACAUCAAGAUGGUGCUGCAGGAGCUCCGGCAGCACAUGAUGAUGAAAGAGAACAGCAGGCUCUCCCAGCCGCCUGAGGGUCAGGUCUACAGCAACUGAAGCUGCUGCUACUGUCAACACUCUCUCACACACACACACACACACACACACACACACACAUGCACAGAUAUACAUAUAUAUAUAUAUGUAUAUGCACACUCUCUCUCUCUCUGAAGGUGUUCAACCAUCAUGUUAUCCAAGACUGUCAGCCCCAACUUCUUCCUUUCAGAGCCUUCCGUUGCCCGGAGAAUCCAGCCGCCUCACCCGCUGCCCAGCCGUCUAUCAUGCUGACCAGCGGUAUAAAAAAGAAACAAAAGUCAGCUUUUAUUUUUUCUCUCUGCAUCCAGAUCGCGACCAAAUAUCAAAUGGUCUGACGGAUUGUAUUGGUGUAUUCUGGGAUCAUGUGAGGCUGUUGACGUUUUGUGCAUGACGAACCACAAUCUGCUGCAAACAAAAAAACAAAACGGACCAUUUACCACUUUGCUUAAGUUCCCUUCACAUUUCCAAUCGUUCCCGUUUCUUCCUGGUGUAAACUUCUCGGGACCUUUCUUGAACUAAGCAUGUCCAAUACAAGGAGAUGAACAUCUUCUUGACGUUAUGUAUCAGAGUGUUGCUGCUUUGUUUUAACUUGUUUUUGUUUUCUUUCUUUCUUUUUUGCCAAACUUCUGUGCCAUGUUUCAUAGUGCUUUGUGCUAAUUGUUAGCAACCACUGGGAAGAGGGCCAAAUAGGUUCUUUUUUUUUAUUUAAUUUUUUUGGGCGGGGGGUGGUUCUGUGAGGAUUACCACUGGAGAACGUUUUCGUUCAGCUUUGUUUUUUUGUUUUUGUUUUCCAUGGAAUUGUCUCUUCUUUCCGUCGUUCAGUGAACGCUCACUGAAGACGCCGAAUGGCUUUGGAUGUUUAUUUUGUAAUGGGGUAGAUCCUAAUCAGGGCGACGGUCACCUGUUGCAUGGUUUUAUUUGAAUUAAACAUUACUACUUUUGCA